AAAUCCCAGACGCCACGCCACCCAACACAUACAAACACACGCACGCGCGCGCGCGCGCCUCCCGCUGUUCCGCAAAACAAAGGAAACGAAGGAGAGGAGGCCAUGGCGCCGAGAACGUCAGAGAAAACCAUGGCACCGGCGGCGGCCGCUGCCACGGGGCUCGCGCUCAGCGUCGGCGGCGGCGGCGGGGCCGGCGGCCCGCACUACAGAGGCGUGAGGAAGCGGCCGUGGGGCCGGUACGCGGCGGAGAUCCGCGACCCGGCGAAGAAGAGCCGGGUGUGGCUCGGCACCUACGACACGGCCGAGGACGCCGCGCGGGCCUACGACGCCGCCGCGCGCGAGUACCGCGGCGCCAAGGCCAAGACCAACUUCCCUUACCCCUCGUGCGUGCCCCUCUCCGCAGCCGGUUGCCGGAGCAGCAACAGCAGCACCGUCGAGUCCUUCAGCAGCGACGCGCAGGCGCCCAUGCAGGCCAUGCCGCUCCCGCCGUCGCUCGAGCUGGACCUGUUCCACCGCGCGGCGGCCGCGGCCACGGGCACGGGCGCUGCCGCCGUACGCUUCCCUUUCGGCAGCAUCCCCGUUACGCACCCGUACUACUUCUUCGGGCAGGCCGCAGCCGCAGCCGCGGAAGCAGGGUGCCGUGUGCUCAAGCUGGCGCCGGCGGUCACCGUGGCGCAGAGCGACUCCGACUGUUCGUCGGUAGUGGAUCUGUCGCCGUCGCCACCGGCCGCUGUGUCGGCGAGGAAGCCCGCCGCGUUCGAUCUCGACCUGAACUGCUCACCGCCGACGGAGGCGGAAGCCUAGUCGUCGAAGCUUUUAAUGACUGUCUGUCUUCUUAGUUCUUUCUUCUCCUUUUUCUCGAGGAAAAUUCGGUACUACUAAGCUGAGAGACGCUCUCCUCCGACAGACGACGUCGACGACGGGCAUUUUUGUAAAUAGUUUUUGCGCCGGGACCUUUUUAGUUUAUGAUGAAAGCUGUAUUGUCACCGAAGACAGGUCCUGCCGGCGUUGUUAUGGACCGGAUUACUAUAUUAUAUUAUGCACUACUAGUAUUUUGAUAGCCA